AUGGGACCCCAUUCUGUAGCCCUAGUUUUCGUAUUGUUCUAUCUGGUGGGGAGUUCGUGGGGGCAGUAUGGCGGCGGUGACGGAGGUGGGUACGGAGGCGGUGGUGGUGGUGGGUAUAAUUCCUACGGGGGUGGAGGAGGUGGCGGCGGCUACGGUGGUGGUGGAGGUGGUUAUGGACCCCCACAAGAUCAGCAGUACGGACCCCCGCAAGAUCAGCAGUACGGACCUCCCCCUGACCAGCAGCAGUAUGGACCACCGCCUGAUCAAUACGGUGGUGGUGGGGGUGGCGGUGGGGGACAGAACCAAGCCCCGCAAUUCUCGGGACAAAUUGGGGACCGAGAACGCCAAGUGAUGGACUGGAUGCGAACGGUGGAGCCGCAAAUGACGGAAAAAUGUUUUGUCAGCAAUAUCGCAACUUUUAAUUAUGAGACCAACAUCACCUUAGCGAAUGACGAGGCAAAUACGGCCGCCUCGAUGGACCAGAACGCGCUCAGCAAGACGAUUCAGGACGAUAUCAUCAACCAAUUUCCGUGGUGGAGGGAGCUCCAGUGUCCCAAAUUGUGGAGGCAGAUGCGCUUCUACUUCCUCGGCGGGCCUGGAAACGUUCCCACCUUCAAGAUUGAGGAGGUUCGGGAGUGUUUUUCAUUUUGUUUACGAGAUUUCUUGAAAUAG